AAGAAUGACCAAUCAGAGUACUUUGAUAACGUAGUAGUACUUUGAAAUGAAAUGUAAUGGAACUUUUUUUUCUUAGUUAUCUUUUCUUACGAUAUAAUAACGUUAUUUAUCAUUGAGCAUUUCUACAAAGCAGUAAAGUAAUGAUGAUGUAAGAUAAUAUUCAUCAAAAAUUUUUACAAAUUAUUAUAAAGUGAUAAUCAAAGGAUAUAUAUAAAAUUGAAAUUGUUAUUUAAAAAUAAUAAAUAGCGAUUAUGUUGCCACCAACAUAUGUUGAAGGCUUCCAUGAUUUAAAAUCGGUUAAAUUAAUGGAAUAUAAAAAGCUGAACAAUUUAUUAGUUAGUAAAUUGUCUUUUGGUAGUGGACCACUUGGUUGUCAUUAUGGCAAUUAUGACGAAAAUGAAGCAAUUGAAACAAUACGACAAGCUAUAAAAGAAGGUGUAAAUUAUAUUGAUACAGCGCCAUGGUAUGGACAAGGGAAAUCAGAAAAAGUAAUCGGGAAGGCAUUAAAAGGAAUUCCUCGUCAAGCUUAUUACAUUGCAACAAAAGUUGGAAGAUACGAGUUAGAUUUAAAAAAUAUGUUUGAUUUUUCAAAAGAAAAAACAAGAAAUAGUUUUAAAAACAGUUUGAAUAAUUUAGGAUUAGAUUAUGUUGAUGUUAUUCAGGUUCAUGAUAUAGAAUUUGCUCCAUCGCUUGACAUAAUAAUUACACAAACUUUACCAGAACUAUCAAAGCAAGUUGCAGAAGGAAAAGCUAGAUAUAUUGGUAUUACUAGCUAUCCACUUUCUGUUUUAAAAGAAUGCAUAGAGCAAAGCAAUAUUAAUAUUACAUGUGUGCUAACUUAUUCCAGAUUUACUUUACUAGAUGAUACUUUAAUGCAGUUCAUACCAUUUUUUAAGAAAAAUAACGUUGGUAUAAUUAAUGCGGGCUUACUUGCUAUGGGUCUUUUAACAAAUAAUGGUCCUCCAGAUUGGCAUCCUGCUAGUAAAGAAAUGAAAAAGAUUUGUAGUGAUGUUGCACAAUAUUGCAAGGAUAAUGAUGUAGAAAUAAGCAAAUUAGCUGUAUGGUAUGCUAUGCAGUGCGAAGAUAUAACUACAAACUUAAUUGGUAUUCAAAAUAUUCAACAAUUAAGAAUGAAUUUCAACGUAUUAAGAAAUGGCAUUACAGAAAAGGAAAAAGCAAUAUUAAAAAUAAUUCAAGAGAAAUAUCUAAAUCAGAUCAAAUAUAAACAUUGGGAAAACAAAGAAAUUGAAACAUACUGGCAUGCUAUGAAGAAGUAAAAAAUAUUUCUAUUUGUUUAUUAUAUAUAUAUAUAUAUAUUUUUUUAUAAUAAAUAAGAAAAUAGAAAAAAUAAAUCUAGAAAUACUACUUAUACAUUUGAUUUAAUUAUUUAAGAAUACGAUCAUAUUUCAAUUGUUUCAAAGUGUCUGUGCAUAAAUUAUAUCUGUAGCAAAGAAUUCAUUAUCAUUACUAAUAUAUCUCAAUCGAUAUGCUAAUUCAAUAAAUGAUAGUAUAACUGAUGUUCUAUGAAAAAGUUUUUUAUGAUACAAAAAGAUUUCAAAAUUUUUUUUAAUAAAUAGUUCUCUAGCCGCUUUUCUAUGUACUGAAAUGAUCACAUUAAUACAUCUAUAUCUUUGUAGACUGC